UCCCAGACGCGAAAAGGACGGCGCAGCGCGGAGCACCGGCCACCGCCUACCCUGCUCCCGCAGCCUCGAGCCGCGCGCUUUCGCCCGGUCCCCGCGCGCCCCGGCUGGCCGAGCAGCGCGCCCUCGCCGUGGGCGCCAUGCAGCGGGCGCGCCCUGCGCUCUGGGCCGCGGCGCUGACCGCGCUGGCGCUACUCCGCGGGCCGCCGGCGGCUCGGGCCGGCGCGGGCGCGGCGGGCGCGGGCCCCGUGGUGCGCUGCGAGCCGUGCGACGCGCGCGCUCUGGCCCAGUGCGCGCCGCCGCCCGCCGCGUCCGCGUGCUCCGAGCUGGUGCGGGAGCCCGGCUGCGGCUGCUGCCUGACGUGCGCCCUGCGCGAGGGCCAGCCGUGCGGCGUCUACACCGAGCGCUGCGGUGCUGGCCUCCGCUGCCAGCCGCCGCCCGGCGACCCGCGCCCGCUGCAGGCGCUGCUGGACGGCCGCGGGCUCUGCACCAACGCCAGCGCCGCCGGCCGCCUGCGCGCCUACCUGCUGCCCGCGCCGCCCGCGCCAGGAAACAGCAGCGAGUCGGAGGAGGAGCACAGUGCGGGGAGCAUGCAGGGCCAGCCCUUCCCCAGCACACACCGGCUGCCUGACACCAAGCUCCAGCCCCUGCACACCAAGAUGGAUGUCAUCAAGAAGGGCCACGCCAAGGACAGCCAGCGCUACAAGCUGGACUACGAGUCCCAGAGCACCGACACCCAGAACUUCUCCUCCGAGUCCAAGCGGGAGACGGAAUAUGGGCCCUGCCGCCGGGAGGUGGAGGACACCCUGAACCGCCUCAAGUUCUUGGACACGCUCAGCCCCAGGGGCAUCCACAUCCCCAACUGCGACAGGAAGGGCUUCUAUAAGAAAAAGCAGUGCCGCCCGUCCAAGGGCAGGAAGCGAGGCUUCUGCUGGUGCGUGGACAAGUACGGGCAGCCGCUGCCGGGCUUCGACGCCAGGGGGAAGGGUGACGUUCACUGCUACAGCAUGGACAGCAAGUAGACACUGCUCACCACUUCAUGUGGAGCUCAGAAACGCCUUAUUUUGCACAAGAGACCGCCAAGGACAUGAUCAGCUGGCUACAGCCCCAAUUUAUAUUUCUUUUUGUGGUGAAUUGAUUUUUCUUAUAACCAAAGUUUAGAAAGAGAUGUUUGCAGCGCUAGGGUUCUUCUGGAUGGUGGACUGGAGCCCCUUGCGCUCCCCGGGAGUCUGUGAGACACAGUUUGGCCUUUCCUCUUGCUUCCUUUAAAAAUUCGUGUAAGUCAAGCACAGCGCGGCCGGACCCCGCCUGUCCCCGGGGGCUGUCCCCACCUGUCCGCCGGCACAGCUGGCCCUCCGCUUCAAGACCGAGCAGUUGUUACCUCUGUAGAGUGCACGAUCCGUCCCCACUCGGCCUCUGUUCUGCAAGAAUGGGGACCCCACACCCUGCUGUCUGGACGUCCCGGCUCCGGCGACAGAGAUAUUGCAAACCUGCAAGUAGCCUGUCCUGGGGAACCGGCAGAGAGUGCAGGUGGAGUCUCACGUGUAAAAAAAAAAAAAAAAAAAAGAGGAAAAAGAUCCAGAAUGUUCUAGGGAA